GGAGACGCCGACGACAACCUACACAAAUGGGCCCGAACCUGCGCCUAUAGCACUCAUCUGGAUCUCUUAGCAAGAUCUGGAUAAAUCUUACACGUGAAAUACUCUAUUGAAAGAUCCUAAUCCAGGCGGACCGUGUCCGAUCGCAGCGUCGCCUGCACAGACUCAAUCAGAGUGUCUGGGCUAAGAAGAAGAGCCAAACCGCCAGCAAGACCCUAACGAUCUCUUUGCACGUUCUUUUUGAUAUUUAUACCAUACUUCGCUAUGCCUGGACGAGUAUCUCGCAAGCCGGGCUCUUCAGCCGCACAGAGCACCCAGAAUCUCUCUCUGCCUGCGGCUUCCUCGUCGCGCCUGUCCAACAAUGCAACCGAUGAUGGCUCGAUCAAGAGUUCGCGGUCAUCGCGAGGUACCGAAUCCACCCGCGACUCGGAGAGCAAACCCAGCCGGAAAUCGACGCGAACUUCCGCCAUACCCAUCUCUAUCCCGGAUGAAGGACCUUCAACUGCUCUUCGUGUCCAGAUUUGUUCCUUGUUUGGAGAUGCCCAGCGGACCACAGCGGCACAUAGGAAACUCGUGAUUAGCCUACGCAAGAUCCAGGAAGCUUGCUGCUAUGAACCGACCUCACCAGUAAAAGGAAAGCAGGUGUCGCAAUAUCACCAAUUGGGUGCAGAUUUUGGCGAGGAGGAGUUUACGAGCGAGGUGGCGAGAUGUAUGCUCCGCAUAUUAGGGGUUAAAAGGAGCGAAAAUGCAGCAGAUAGAGUUAUUCGUUUUCUAGUGCUAUUUUUAAGGCAUGCGAACGAGAAAGACAAUGCGCUUCUUCAAGAAGUCGCCGAUGAAGACGACAUGCUUGAGACGCCUAGCUCCCGCUUGACUUCCCACCUGCUCACCACGCUGUUGCCAUUGAUGACCUCCAAAGAGAAGACCGUCCGAUUCCGUGCGACACAGAUCACUUCGGAUCUGGUCAGCUCACUACAAUCCAUCGAUUUUGAUAUUUACCAGGCUACUAGAGCUGCGCUUCUUCGACGGAUCCGCGACAAGGAAAGCAUGGUUCGGGUGCAAGCUGUGCUAGGACUUAGCUCGAUUGCCAGCAAUGAUGCAGAGGAUGAUCAGGAGGACGAGGAGGAAGAUGACGAAGAUGAUGCAAGUAGCUUGCUUGAGAAGCUCUUGGAUGCCCUUCAAAACGAUCCGAGCGCAGAUGUGCGGCGUUCUCUACUAUUAAGCCUCCCUCUGACUGCAGCAACGCUUCCAUAUCUUCUUGAACGCGCCAGAGAUCUCGACGCAGCUACCAGAAGGGGACUAUACUCGCGUCUGCUCCCCAGUCUCGCAGACUUUCGUCAUCUCUCCCUGUCCAUGCGCGAGAAGCUUUUGCGUUGGGGUCUACGGGAUCGGGAUCAAAAUGUGCGACGAGCGGCGGCGCGGGUCUUCCGAGAACGUUGGAUCGAAGACUGUGCCGGCACCCGUCAGCAGGCAGAGGGCGGAGCGGUCAUUGAGCAAAAAUCUCCUAGCUUUGAAGGGUUAACGGAAUUGCUUGAACGUAUUGACGUAGUCAACUCUGGGGUCGAAAGCGGGAUCGCACAGGAGGCUAUGAAGGAGUUUUGGGAAGGUCGACCAGACUAUCGUGCUGCAGUGACAUUUGACGAUUCGUUUUGGGAAAAUCUGACUGCUGAAGGCGCAUUUAUGGCUCGAAGCUUCAACGCAUUCUGCCGUCAAGAAGGAGAUGGCAAGUAUGAGAAUUUGGUCGAGGAGAAGAUGCCAGAGGUUACUAAACUUGCCUUUUACAUCCAACGCUACACCAACGUCUUGUUCAGCAAACUCAAAACCACCAAUGAGCGAGCUGAAGGCGACGAUGAAGACACUGUCGAGCUUGAAUUUAUUGUCGAGCAAUUACUGCACAUUGCAUUGACGCUUGAUUAUACUGAUGAAGUGGGACGAAGGAAAAUGUACGCAUUGAUGAGAGAGAUUCUUGCCGUGGCGGAGCUUCCGGAAGAAACUACCAGACUCGUAGUCGACAUUUUACGAGUGGUUUGCGGUGAGAAUGCCAAUGGAGAGCGAGACUUUUGCGGCGUGGUGCUCGAAGCGGUGGCCGAAGUCCAUGAUACGAUUAUGGGCGAAGACGGUGCGGAAAAUGGCGAAGAAGACGGAGAGGAGAGCUUUCACUCUGCGAGAUCAGAAGUCAGCGACGACGCACCGGCCAAGAAGAAGGCACAGGCUCCGCUCACCCCAGAGGAGCAAGCUGAAAAGGAAGCCCAGGAAGAGGAAAAGGCUGUAAGAGAAAUCGUGGUGAACAUGAAGUGUCUCCAUAUUGCGCAGUGCAUGCUUCAAAACGUGCAAACAGAUUUGAAGGAAAAUGCUCAUCUCGUCACAACACUCAACAAUCUCAUUGUCCCGGCUGUACGGAGUCAUGAAGCACCUAUCAGAGAAAGGGGACUAGUAUGUCUCGGUCUAUGCUGCCUACUGGACAAGAGCCUCGCAGAAGAAAAUCUGAUUCUCUUCCUGCACUGCUUCGCCAAAGGUCAUGAAGCGCUUCAAACGACCUCUGUCCAGAUCAUCACCGACAUUUUAACUACCCACCCAUCUCUCCUGUCACCGACCCCUCCAACGGACCCGGAGGCCGAGUCCACCCCUUCUGCUCUACAGAAACCCAUUCUCAAGCUCUACUCCCGCUCCCUGCGGUCGUCCUCUACGGACGUCCAGUCUACCGGCUGCACGGCUCUCUGCAAGCUCAUGCUCGGCAACGUUAUCAAAGAAGAUGACCUCUUGAAACAGCUCGUACUCACGUACUUUGAUCCCGCCACGCAAGAUAAUCCUGCUAUGCGUCAAGCUCUGACUUACUUUUUGCCCGUCUACUGCCACUCGCGGCGCGAGAAUAUGGAGCGCAUGGCCCGCAUUGCGGUCCCCCUCGUCCAUGCACUUGUCACGCUCAAUGACGAGCUCGAAGAAGAUGAAGGCAUGGUCGGCUUGACGCUGGUGACUGCGCACCUCGUCGACUGGACGGACCCACGGAAAUUGGUCGUCUUGGAUUCCUUUUCCACUGGAUGGGACGAGUUGGGCCGCAAAGAAACGAAGCCUGUCGAAGCAGACAUUCAUGUCGAUGUCGCCGUGGAUGUGCUGAACAAGGUUCUCAGCUCGGGCUGCACAAAAGAAGAACGCAAAACGCUCAUUUCCCUCCUCUCAAAACUCUACAUUGCGCAUGCCGCUGACGCGUCGAAAUUGCUCGAACUCCACGACCUCGCUGCCGCCGCGGUCGACGCCUCGGGCCGUAUCGCACCAGACGCGACGUCGAGAAAUGCGCUGACCAAGGUCUUGAAUGCUGUAGAGAAGGUUGUACAGGUCGAUGCCGAGCAGGCCGAGCAGGCCGAGCCGGUGGUGACGGCCGGCGAAGAAGACGAAAGUAAAUUCUUGUCCAAGGCUGGUAGCGGCGACGAGGAGGGGGUCGAAGAGAGUAAAGCCGAUGAAGAAAGCAGAGCCCAACUUGAAGGCGAAAGCCAAAUCAAGUACGAACACGAAGACGAGCACGAGGAUGACGGCGAUGAUGAUGCAGCUACAGUCACGGGCAAUAGUGUCAAGGAUGAAAGUGUCUUGUCGGAUGCCACCCGCAUAACGGCGUCAGAGGGGAUGGAUGUUGAUGAUCCUAUGGAUAUGGAUUGAUUCAUUCUCUAGUCUUUCUUCAUUUCGUUUCGUUCUCUUUGCUUUCUUAAUUUUAUUCAUUUUGUUUGUUGGUGGGGGAGGGGAGGGAAGGGGUUUCUUCAUUCAUUUAUUCAUUUGGUCUUUUGUCUGCGUUUGGGUUUCCGUCUAAUUAUCCGUCCUUUGGUUUUUUAUACGUGAGUGAAUGAAUUAUAGAGGUAACUGGUAACUGGU